UGUAAUUAUGUGAUCAUGUUACUAACAAAUAGAAAAUUAUACAGGGCAGUAGUUUCGCGUACUUGCAGGUGUAGCUGAACACUACCCCAAUAGUGAACGGGUGAUAUCCUGGCACUAAUAUGUCAAUCAGUGACUAUGUUGUUUGUAUCAGCCCUACAUGGCUUCUAGUUGUUGUUGUAAGUAUACUCGCCCUGUGGCUGGGAACACGGAAGCCGCAGCACUUACCGCCUGGUCCACCGACACUGCCGCUUAUCGGCAAUGUCCUCACCUUAGCAGGGGGAGAUGUCAGAUCCAUCUUUCAGAAGUUAAGAAAACGUUAUGGUGAUGUAUUCAGCCUAUAUUUUGGCAAUAAUCUCGUCAUUGUCUUCAAUGGUUAUGAAACACUGAAAGAAGCGUUUGUAAAAUAUGGGGACAAUUUCAGUGACCGACCAAAGGGAUUGACGUAUGACCAGUAUACAAAGAGAAUGGGCGUCGUGAACUCAAGCGGUCAAACGUGGAAGGAACAAAGAAAAUUCUCUCUCACCGUUUUGCGUGACCUUGGCCUUGGCAAGAACGUCAUGGAAACACGGAUACACGAGGAAGUGAUGUCAUGUCUCGACGCCAUCAUGUCUGAGAACGGUGCUGCCUUCGAUAUCCACUGCACCAUCCACACAAGCGUAUGCAACGUUAUAUCGUCCCUGUCCUUCGGGAAGAGGUUUGAACAUGACGACCCUGAAUUUCGCACUUACAUGGAUACUGUCGACGAAGGCAUGAAGUUAGUCGGCGGGACCUCGCUGUGUCACUUCUUUCCAUGGUUGAAGUACUGUCCCGGAGAUCCUCUGAAACUGCGAGUUAUAGAAGCCAACGACAAAGUGGUCAGGGACUUCGUACGGAAACAGAUAGCGCUACACAGGACAGACCCAUUGCUUCAACAAGAGGACGACUUUGUCAAUGCUUAUAUCAGAGAAAUUGACAAACAGCAAACUCUCAAUGCGGAAAACACUACAUUUUUUAAUGAGAUGUUGGUAGCGAUCAUUGUCGAGUUUUUCGUGGCCGGAACAGAGACGACGGCAACUACAUUGCGGUGGGCUCUCCUGUACCUGAGUUUGCACCCAGACAUCCAGGAGAAGGCGCAGCUAGAGCUGGACCAAGCUUUCGAGAAGGACCACCAGCUCUCCAUGAGUGACAGGCGUUGCCUCCCCUUCAUGGAAGCUCUUAUCAUGGAGGUCCAAAGACUCGCUGAUGUUGUCCCCUUCUCGGUGCCUCACGCUCCACCGAACACCUCACAAUUCAGAGGAUUCACCAUCCCUGAGAACACUAUGCUUCUUCCGAACAUCAGCUCCGUUCUGUCCGACCCAGAUGUGUGGCGAGAUCCUGAAACAUUCAGACCAGAGAGGUUCCUUGACGACAGUGGAAAUGUCUGUCGAGACGAGGCAGUCAUUCCCUUUUUCAUGGGAAGAAGAAUAUGCCUUGGUGAGUCAUUAGCCCGGACGGAAUUGUUCCUAUUUCUGGGGUCAAUGCUGAAGACGUUUAAGUUCCGGUUACCGGAAGGGGAAGCUCCGCCUGAUCUCAAGGGGAUUCUGGGUAUUACCCGGAUGCCACGGCCAUUUCAAAUAAUCGCCACUCCCAGAUAGAACACCUGACCACCCCUUUAAAUAAUGUGACUUGUUGCGAGAGUGAUGCAUAUUUCUAACAUCUCUGUCUACUUUAAUACCAAAUUAUAACGAGUGCCAUGCCUGCAAGAAUAACGUACAUUUGAGACUUGUAACGUACAUUUGUGUACAUGUAUCUAUACAGUUAUUUGUAAUACAACAUGUUACUUUUGAAAUCUGAUGAUCGUAAUAAUUCAGUCGUGUAGGUAUCUUUAAUGUUCAAUAUAUAAUUAGAAAUACGAUACAUUACCUUUAGAAAAGAACCUGGUGAUCGGUCGCACUCGUCAUUUGAACGCAGCCAUAACCGUACGGUCGUCCAUAUAAGAAGUUUAUGAAGCUAAAGAACCGUUCUGAUGCAGCUUCAAUUAUAGUACUCAGUUACUCUAGAAAUGACUAUCUGAUUACGCCCCUUCUGAUGACUACAUCUAUAUAAAUCUCUUUUCACAUGGGAGAUUUGAAAAAGGGAUUUUCAUCCUACAAAAUCGGGUUACACCCAAAACAACUGAGGGAUACAAUCAAUAUGGAUGUGAUUAAGGAACUUGACUCAGUCAUUUGGACAGAUGUCCGUUCGCACAUGAGACUUUUAUUAAGAUUCUAAUCUAAACAUACACCAUUGGAUCACCUUCCGGAACACUCCGGACUCAAGAAUGUCAUGUACCUCAAGAAAUAAAGGGACCUCAUUUUGUAA